AUGUCCGGUCCGCACCAUCGCAGGCUCAACACCGAGCUCUUCAUCACGGAUGAGGAGCUCGUGGAGGUGAUGGAGAGGGUGCACGAGCACAUGGUCAUAUGCCUCCCCGAGGCGCACGUGCGCGCCAUACCCGGGCUGAGACCCAACAUCGCGGCGUGGAGCGAGGCGCCCGAGGGAUCCGAGUACCUCUCGGAAUCCUUCGCCUCGCUCGGCGACGCGGCGGUGCCCGAGGAGAGGGCAAUCGAAAACGACGCGACGCGCGGGGCGGAUGGAAAAACGAACGACGACGGCGGCGGUUCGGGCGGAGGGGGAGACGCGAGCGCCGGGUCGGGCGGAGCGAGCGCAGGGUCGGGCACGGCGUCCCCCGCGCGGACCGCCUCGCCGCGGCCAUCCGCCGUGGUCAGGCUCUCCGCGAACCUCGAGGUGGGCGCAUCCGGGGCUCCUCCCCGGUCGGGAUCGCCGGCGCCCAAGCCCGCGAGGCUCUCCGGGACGAACGACGGCGACGCGAAGACGCUCUGGAUCGGUCGCGCGGCGGAGCUGGCGCCGUUGUUCGAGAACGGCGACGUGCUCGAGUCGCUCGCGGCGGCCAUCGAGACGAGGCCCGAGACGGAGCCCGAGACGAGGCCCGAGAUGAAGCCCGGGGUGUUCUUCCUCUCCGGAUCGUCCGGCGUGGCGGGGGACACGCUUCGGUACCUCCGCAUGCUCGCGUCGAUGGGCCACCUGGUGAUGUGCCCGGACGAUUUCUGCGGGUGGCCGCAACGGCUGCGGCACAGGCGUCCUGCGGUGUUGAAACCCGAGGAUCCGGCCAACUACUGGACCAACAACCUGCUCUACGCCAAGGACUCUUUCGCCACCGGCGAGCUGGUGUACGAGUCGUGCGCGGAGAAGUACACGAGCAGCAACAGGUUGAGCGUCGUCUACGACGCCACGCUCAAGGCUAAGCACGCGGCGAUGACCAGCGCGUUGUUCAGGCUGCCCGACAGCAUGCGCCGGCGCGGGAUUUAUCUGGCGGGCAACAGCGAGGGCGCCAUCGUGUUGGGGAUGAUGGACGACGGGUUGCUGGAGCUGGACUCGACGCUGGGAUCUCCGAGGGCGGACGGAUCGAACGCCGGGGGGCCCGGGGACGAUCUCGCGUUUGAUCCCGAGCGCCCACCGGCCCGGGAGAGCCCAACGGGGAGGCGGGAGCCGGCGAGGCUGCUCGGCCGGAUCAACAUCGCGUACUCGCUCGAGCCCAACUACUUCACGUACAGGACCUUAAACAAGUCGCAGGGGCUGCUGAGUGGGGCGAUGGGUGGCGGGGAAUCGUCGGGGGGAACCGGGAAGUUGGGCAGCUUCGGCGCGAUUUUCGAGUCCGACGCGUCAGACGCCAGCCACAGCGGGCACCACUCGAGCGGAAGCCGCGGGAGAGCUCCAGGUGCGGUGGAGCCCAGGGGUUUGUUCGGCAGCGCGUGGCGCGUGGACGUGCCCACGCUCUGCGUCAACGGCAGCGAGGACCAGUUCUUCGGCCGGCGGUCCUCCGUGUCCUCGGCCAUCUUGCAGCGCGCCAAGGAGCAGGAAGAGCGCGACGAGGCCGAGGCGAACGGCAACGCGCUCCUCGCGGAGUUUCUCGCCAAACCCGAGGAGUGCGCGUCCAUCGCGGAGCGGUGGGCCGAGGAUGGGCAGAUGAAGGAGUACGUCCUGUGGCGAGCGAAGAUCGUCAAGGACAAGUCCGCGUUCGCCGCCAUGGCGUCGUCGGACGAGGUGGCGUGGCGAAGGAGCGAGAGGAAGGAGGGAUCGAGGUCGGGGAGGAGGCGAACCGGAAGGCUGUUUCACCCCUCGGCGAGCUCCUUCCUCGACCUCACCUCCUCGUUCGCGUCGUUGGUCACCGCCGGACAAAAAACGACGCCGCCGAGCUCGCCGGGCACGGGAGGCUCCCUGGCGGAUCUCGCGGCGGCGUCGUCGGUCGCCGAGGCGCCCGUGAGACCCAGCCCGCGGCGUUUCUCGGUGGACGUCCCGGGAAUGGGCGUGCCGCCUUCCGCGGCGGCGGCGGGAUCCUGGGGCUCGACGACGAGCCGAAACGGUCAAAAGACGCUGGGACUCUUCGACGAUCGAAGCGACGUCGUGCCAAAGCCGGACAACCCGAGGAAGAUCAGCGUCGACGACGACGGAACGUUUCGCCGAAUGCCGUCGCCGCUGCCGCCGCGGGCGAUGCCGUCGCCGCCGCCGCCGCGGGCGAUGCCGUCGCCGCCGCCGUCGCCGCCGCGGGCGAUGCCGAACGCGUCGAAGAAGAGCUCGAGAUCAUCUUCGAAAAAUUGUUGUGUGAUGUGA